UCCCGCCGCGCCGCGGGUUGUCCCGGCCCGGCCGCCGUCCGCCCGUUCCCGCCGUUCCCGCCGCCGCCGCGAUGGCGGAGCCGCUCGGCCGCUGUGUGGACGCGGUCCGGGCGGCGGCGGCCGCGCCGGGGCCGGUGCGGGCCGAGCCGGGGCUGCUGCGGGCGCUGCUGAGCCUGCGGAGCCGCCACACGCGGCGGCCGGGCGGCGCCGCUCGGUUCCGGGAGCGCGGCGGCUUGGGGCCGCUGCUGGAGCUCCUGGGGCCCGACGGGUCGCGGCGGGUCCUGGACCUGGCGCUCAGCGUCCUCGGGAACUGCUGCACCGAGCCCGGCUGCCGCCGCCAGGCCCGCAGCCUCGGCGGGAUCCCCCGGCUGGUGGCCCUGCUGUCCUCGUCCCCCCCCGAGAGCGUCCUGAACCGGGUGGCCCGGACCUUGGCCAACCUGGCGCUGGAGCCCGAGGGCGCCCGUGACGUCCUGGAGGCCGGUGAGUGUCCCCAGUGUCCCCCCGUGUCCCUUGGGGGGUCCCCUUGGUCCCUUAUUGGGGUCCUUGGGGUGUCCCCAGGGGUCUCUGAGUGUCCAUGGGUCCCUUGGGCCCUUUAAGGGGUCCCCAAGUGUCCCCUGUGUCCCUUGGAGGGUCCCCUUGGUCCCUUAUUGGGGUCCUCAGGGUGUCCCCAAGUGUCCCCUGUGUCCCUUGGAGGGUCCCCUGGGUCCCUUAUUGGGGUCCUUGGGGUGUCCCCAAGUGUCGCUUGGGGUGUCCCCUGGUGUCCCUUGGAGGGUCCCCUUGGUCCCGUAUUGGGGUCCUUGGGGUGUCCCCUGGUGUCCCUUGAGGGUGUCCCCAAGUGUCCCCUUGGUCCCUUGGGGUGUCCCUUGGGACGUCCCCUGGUGUCUUUUGGGGUGUCCCCUGUGUCCCUUGGAGGGUUCCCUUGGUCCCUUAUUGGGGUCCUUGGGGUGUCCCCAAGUGUCCCCUUGGGGGGGUCCCUUGGGGUGUCCCCUGGUGUCUGUUGGGGUGUCCCCUGUGUCCCUUGGGACGUCUCCCGUGUCCCUUGGGGUGUCCCAAGUGUCCCCUGGUGUCCCUUGGGACGUCUCCUGUGUCCCCUUGAGUGUGUCCCCUUGAGUGUGUCCCCUUGGGGUGUCCCCUUGGGGUGUCCCUUGGGGUGUCCCCUGGUGUCCCCUUGGGGUGUCCCCAAGUGUCCCUUGGGGGG